AUGAGUCCUACAGCAACAGCACCAAAGCUGCCACCUGCUCAGCUCAUUGCGCCGAUCGAGGACUUGACAUUGAUUAGUGGCCUGCUGGAGCCAGACGAUAGCAGCUCGGACGAGGAAAAGCCCCGGAGUCGCCGGUCCAAGAGUCCCUCUGCACGCUCCAAAAGCCCAUCCGGCACUGUUGAUCCUGCAGCUGGCCUCAAACACAAGUCUUCGAAGGACCGGCUGGCGAAUGCGAUUAUCGAUGGAGGCGCAGCGGCGCCGCCGAGGUCGACGACCUUGCGCUCGGGCGCCAGCUUUACGGCAGAUGAUAACGCGCCGCCCGUGCCAAAAUCAUCUGUUCUUGCGGCGGCGACCAAGUUGCCCGCCGCGACAGCGAGCCCAUCCGCCUACCCUGGAGCGACCAUGAAGUCUUCACCUGUAGCAGUUCAAUCGCCGCUUCCCGCGUCGUCCUCACCCGAGCCGACAUCUUCCCCCAGAUCGGGUGGUCCGCCUUCCCCAAUCAUAGGGCGACCCCGGUCAGGGAGCCGGCGCAGCUCGGGCUUCCUCUCGCGCAUCACCAGCGGUGGCCGCACGUCCUCUUCAGCGUCCAACGACCUUGCGCUCUUCCCAUCGCGCGACAGCACCCACUCGCAGUCCUCCUCAUCGAAACGCAACAAUCGCGCGAGCGAAUCGCCCAAGGCGGACAUGGUUGACCUUGCGAAGCCGAAGAGCAAGUUCAAGAGCGGUGUCAACUGGAAUGCCGUCGGCGUGUAUGGCGCCAACCCCGACGAUGAUGCUUUCAUGCAGUCGUCGCCCACGCGUGAGGGCGGGCCUGAGCUCGAGGACGAGAUAGGCGCUCUGGACGACGCGCCAGCAGCGUCAUCAACAUUAGCCUCCGCAUCAGCAGCAACAGAUUCUGGCCCUGCCGAGGGAACUGGCGCGGCGCGAUCGCAUCGGCAGUCGAACAUCAAGGAGCUGCAGGAGAUCGCCGGCAUGGGCAGCACGGCUGCCGUACGCGCGCUCGCCAAUAACUCUGACCUCAGUGCCGUGCUGUUCCCCGCGGCGCGCAAGGCGGUGCAGCAGCAGGAGGCCAACGCGCAGGCUUUUGCUGCAAUGGGUUUCCAGUCUGUUCCUACUUCGAGCCGCUUGCAAGCGUCACCCUCGUCACCGCGCGAUGCGCCUGGCAGCGCGCCCCUGCGCCCCGCCACAGCAACAGCGUCACUUCCGCUUGAUGCUUCCACAUCGCCUUCCUCGUCUACAGCGCAGCAGAUGUGCCAGGCUUCGCUCCGCGGCACCAGUGCCGGUGCCGGCAGCGCAUCGCCCGUCUCGGGGUCUGUCUUCGUCAACGGCCGGCCGCAGCAGGCAAGGGGCCUGUCAGAGCGGGUCGUCAACGAGGCGGCGCAGAGAGUGCUGCAGGAGGCUCGAAGCGCUGCGAUGGGCCGAGCUACGACUCUCAACCCGCAGUCUACCGCUCUCAAUGUUGGUCCGCCUUCCCAGAGGUCGAUGCCGCAGCAGAAUCAGCAGCUAGUACCAAAUUUGAAUGGUAACGGAAGCGCAAGCAGCAACGGCACUGGGCCGGCCAAAGUCGCCAGUAGCGGCAGUGCGCCGCCUUCUGCAUAUAAGGCCCCGGCUGCAGCCGUGGCUACCGAGAGGGGUAACAGAAGUGAAGAUGCCAAAAGCGCUGGUCAGUCAAGCGAAGUCCAUGGAAGCAGCAAAGACUCGGUCAAGGACUCCCGCCGACGCAGCCUGCUCUCCAUGCCCAGCUUCCAUAAGGAGAAGAAGGAGAAGGAGGACAAGCGGCAGACGCGCAGUCGCGGGCCGUCGCGUGCUAGUACUCCACCGCCUGAAGGGCCAAGGACAGGAGGUGGUGGAGGGACGCCGGGAAAUGGGAAUAGCAAAGCGGCGAUGGAGGAGGGGACGAGCGUACCCGGUCGUAGACGUAGAUGGGCCGACACGCGCGAGCUGGACCUGCUCGCUACGGAGCUGGCCGCACAGGCGCUUGCAGAUCAGCACCUCUCACAGGGCGUAAGCCAUUUCCCCUUCUCAGCACCGAUCAGCGCGCAGCUCAUGCAGAUGCCUACACAGCAGCUCAUGUCGUCUUCUUCGCGCGCCAACUCAGCGCACGGGCACAGCAAUCCCGGCAGCGCCAGCGUCGGCGGCAACGGCGGCGGUGGUGGUGGUGGGAUGUUCAUGACUCCGUCUAAUCAGAGUCAGAUCAGCUUCCAUGGCGGCAGCUCCGGCAGCGCCACAUCUUCCGCCAGUGGGCAUGUCCUGGGAGGCGGUCUCGGCCCCCUUUCGCAGAUCAAGCCCAACUCUCUCCCGGCUAGCGCUGUGCCGGACAGCGCGAUGACACGCUCGUCGCCACCUGGGAGUGGCUUUGCAAUGAAUGCCAAUGAGACACGCUCGCUCGACUCGAUGUCCAUACACAGCGUCGGUAGCAUCCCGCGCACCACACGCUCGAUGCCUGGCACGCCUUACACCAGCACUCGCUCGCAGCUCGGCAGUUUGCCACCGGAUAUGCUCACCGGCCUUGGCGACGGACCGUACCCCUCGCUCGGACGCCGCCUGCCUCUCGACCCAAUGGACGCGAUCGGCCUAGAUCCCUUCGGCUUCCCCGUCUCCCGGGACCAAUCCCUCUUCGAGACCAGCUCUCUGCCCGGCCAACCGAUCACAACGCACAGCACCAGCAGCCGACACGCAUCAAUCGGCUCGAACGACUCAAAGCACCUCAAGAAGGCUGUCAUAUCCAUGUCGAUGAACGAUCCCAACUCGGCAGCGCAGGGACUCGUCAAGCAAUCCAGGUCCGGUUGGUCCAGUCCGUUCGGCGGAGGUAGUCGGAGCAACAGCCGACCACCGAGUCGUUCAGUCACACCGACGCACAGCAACAGCAAUUUGCGCGAGAAGGCCAAGGCGCAGGAAAUGGCGGUGCAUGAGAAGGCACAGGCAUCAGAAAAGAGGCAAGAUAAGGACGCGUCGAGGCCAUCUGCUGCAGCGGCCUCUGCAGAAGAUGCGGGACCACGGACGGAGACACGGCCCACAGCUCCGCGCCAAUUAUCCGCAGCUUCCAAUGAAUCAGCCAAGGAAUCGGGUGCGAAGCAACAAGAAUUUGCAGCAGACAUGUCCAUACUCUCGCAGUCCUCUGGAGCCGGGCGCUCGACGCUGUCGGUCAACACAAUUGCCAUGUCGAAGCAACAGUCGCGGAUGUCCUUCUUUGGCAGUCUCAGGCGCAAGAGUCAGGUUGACCUACACGAUGGGAGCCUAAAGCCGUCAGUUGCGACUGCGCCAAGUCUUCCGCCGCUGCCUGCCAGUCCUGUCGCACGGAAUGGCUCAGCAGCCGCGCCUGUGGGGUCUUCCGCCUCCAUACAGGUACAAGCUGAUGCAUGCCAUAUCGUGCGACGGCGCUCCAAGUCGGAAUCGUCACCACGCUCUGGCAGGCUGUCGCGUUUCAUGAGUCGCUUCGGUGGCAACUCGCGAACGUCAUCGCAGCAGAACAGUGCCGAGUCAUCCGGUGCGACGACGCCAUCCAUGCCGCCGGUCAACAAGGCCGCACUCACCAAAGCGCAACAAAGGGUGGAUCAGGGUGCCGCUGCUCGCGGAGCGCCGUCCACCCCGGGGAGCCGCACAAACUCGCCAGCGACAACGUUCCACAGCGUCGCAUCGGCUGAAACGUCGCUGCAGGAACAGGCGCGCGGGUUAAGACCAGAGGGUACUGCUACACACGCAGCGACUCAACCAGCAGCAGCCUUUGCAAAUGCCAGUGCUCCUGCCAGCAACAAUGCGGAUGCGGGUCGCAAGCUAGACUUGUCCAACAGCUCCGCACAGCCUCGACAGCAGUUACACCAACAGCCACAGCAUCGCGCGCCGUCGUCUAGCCCGAGCGUCGGCUCGCAAGGUGCUGAUGGCGACCUGUCGCCACCCACGAGCGAAUCGAUGGGCGAAGCGGCGAGCGUCCGUACGCCCAGCACGGAGAUGAGCGGGAGCUACGGCGUCGCUGCAGCUUUUGUGUCGGAGCUGGGCAACGGCAAACUAGCCGGUGUCAGUGGGAACGCCAACGCGAGCGUUGGCAGCGUCGUGACAAGGGUGUUUAGUACCGGUUCGGGCGCGUCUGGAGCGCUUAAGGGUGCGCCGGCUACUCCUUCUGCACCUGCUGCACAGGCGAACAUGAUCUGA